CCGGCGCUUCCAGCAAGAGGGGGACUCCAGGGCAGCUCUACACUGCUUUCUCAGCUGCCUGCUGGGGUUGACCCAUGUACAGAGCUUCAACUCACUGCCCAACUGUCUGCAUCAGAUUGCUGAACUUUUUAUUAAUGAAAAGAAUUAUGAGAAGGCACUGCAGUUCAUUCAGGCAGAGAAGAUGUUCUAUGAGGUGGCAUUGAUUGAGCUCACCGCUCUUCAGAGUACAGGCUCUCAGGAGGACAGUGCUCUUGGUUCUCCAGGAUGCAUCUCCCAGGAGGAGUUAUCAGAACAGGUCUUGCAGGCACAGAAUCUUGAAAGACUGGCUCAGCUUUGCAUCAUGACCAAAAGACCACAUCUGGCUUUAGACUAUAGUGGACAGGCCACUAAGAUACACCAACGAGCAUUUGGCAAUGACCACCCAAUCACAGCCAGGAGUCUAGAGCUGCUGGGCACUGUAUACGCCGAGAUUGGCAAGAUUGAAUACUCAGACUUGUUGGGUCAGUGUGUGUCAGGUCUAUCAAAGACAUUUCCUUCAAUCGAAUCAUACAACAUCCUCCUCAACAGCUUCACCCUCAGCGAUGAAGAUACACAUUCUGAGCUUAGGCACAGACAGCACCUAUAUUUUUCACCAGACACUUCAAAACCAAAGAUACCCACUUCCAUCCUAAAAAGGACCAGUGAUUUCUACCCGACGCAGCGGAGAAAAACAGAAAGACGUGUCCGGUUUAGUGAGCCAGAAAAUACUAUACAUGACAUUCCAUUCUAUGACUGUUUUGGAGCGUAUGACUCGACUCAGAGCCGUCCUCACCUGGCACUGCUCACAUGUCUGUUCCUGAUGCUUUCCGCACUGGGCUUGGCGCUGUACUGCACACACCGCCGGCGACCCCAACGUGCCUGUGAAGAACUACAAGCUGCACUCGCUGUUUACCUGCUACGCCUCAAACAAAUCCUGUGGGGCUGCUGGAUCUGGCUCACCAUGCAGUUACUAAAAAAAGAGAGUAAACCAUUUGACUUGUGUUCUGUAAUACAAUGACACACAUGGUGUUCUUUAUGCCCUUUAUAAUUAUAGCCAUAUAAUCUGUUGCCACCUAUUCAAAGAAUACUUCGGGGAAUAGUGAGGCGACACCUCAGUAUAAUAAAUGUACAAUCUUUCAUUGGAAAAUACUGUUGAAAUCCAUCUAUCAGGUCAACCAUCAAAAUUAUUUAUGUUUCAUUCUAAAUGUCAGUUUUGACACAUUCUUUGAUUAACUGUACAAUCUGUGGAUGUAUGAGGAAUGCAAAACAAUAUUUUACUAUCAAUCAAAUAUGCUUUGAAUAAUUUCAUAUGUAAAUACAAAAUAUUAAUGGC